ACCAAUUAUCGCAAAUCGCCUCGCACUCGUGUUUUCGAAUGAUGAUAGAUUAUUUUAAUUUUAAAGUUAUUUACUUAGGAAUUAUCAUACAAUGAAAUAAUUGUUCAUUUAAUUAUUAUAAUAAGUUGCAAAAAUGUCGACAAAAUUUCAGCAAAAUCCAAAUGCGGCUUUGGAAAAGCAGCUAAUACAAUGGAUAAACGAGGCUGGUAUGUCCGACGGCGGGAAAAAAUGUGGACUACUACGAAGGAUCGUUGAACUACUUUUGCAUCAACUAUCACCAAUGAUUCCACUAUACAUGGAGAACGUGUUAAGUUUUGUGAGCGAUAAAAGUACUGAAGUUCGCAAGAUCGUUAUUGGUUUCAUACAAGAGUUGAGCACAAACUUCCCGGACAAUCUGCCAAAGGUGAUCAGCCAGUUACAGCUCCUGGUCAUCGAUCCAGUGGUAGCUGUGCAGAAGAGAGCCAUACAAGCGGCCAGCGUUGUGUACAAGAAUGUACUCGAGUGGUUGUGUACGUCCUCGCACGAGGCCGACAUGAAGUUUGUGUGGGAACAAAUUAAUAAGUCUAAGUUGCUGGUACUCAACAUGAUAGACAGUGAGAAUGAAGGAAUACGGACACACGCAAUUAAAUUCCUUGAAGAGGUGGUUUUACUGCAAACACCUGAUGUUGAAGGUUCCAAUGAUUUCAGUUUAGAUGAUUUGCCGAGAACACUUACGUUCUUAAAUCGAAAAUCGUUAGAAGAAGAAGCUGAACACAUAUUCCAAUUAUUGCUCAAAUUCCACAAUUCACAACACAUAUCAAGCGUCAAUCUAAUGGCUUGUAUGACAACAGUAAUAUCUCUCGCGAAAUUCAGACCUAGAUACCUACCGAGAGUGGUCCAAGCGUUAGGCGAUCUUCACACAACCCUGCCUCCAACGCUAUCACAAUCGCAAGUGAACUCUGUGCGAAAGCACCUUAAAAUACAGAUCAUUAAUCUGGUAAAACACCCGUCUUCUAAUGAAAUGAUUCCUCAGUUGUUACAACUUCUAUCCGACAUUGGAAUGACGCAACAAGAGAUCAACAAAGUCAUACCAAAAGAUAAGAGAAACAAAAGAAUGGCUGACGUUAAAAAUGGGGACACACCAGCUAAACGCUUCAGACUAGAUUCUCCACAAAACAGUCAGGGUAGUGACAGCAAUAGCAGAACAGAAUUAUUCGAUGACGACAGUAACCAAAGUGCAAAGACGAGCCCAGUAACCGAGGAUUCAAUUUACGAAGGAUUGAACAACAUAGAUUUCGUAAUAAACCUCGUAACAACGACGUUACUUACUCAGUUGCCGACUGAAAUGCCAGCGAGUUUCUUAACAACUUACAAACCUAUUCCAAACUCAGGGACGGCCCCACAAAAACGUAGUUUGGCGAAAAUGAUCCUUGCAGUGAUCAAAGGUGAACCAGAAGUACUCCCUCCGCCACCGAUAAGUCAACCGGCAACCACAAAAAUACCACUUCUUUCGGAAGACGAUGAAAAGAUAACCCUAAAGAACGCAGUAGCCAAAUUACAAGAAUCAACUAAAGCUGAUCGUCAAGUUGAAAAUGCGGUUUCUAAACUUAUGGAAGAAACAAGACAGGAGUUCCUAAAAGAAGAGGAAAGAAAAACGAAGGAAAAGGAGAAGCAAGUGCCUCCACCGACGCCUUCUGUUCCAAAAUUGAAACAAAAAGUCAAGCUUCUAAAACUACAAGAAAUAACACGUCCGGUACCGAAAGAAAUCAAAGAGCGAAUGAUGAUACAAGCAGUUGCGAGAAUUCUUAAUUCAGAAAAGGAAGCGGCUAUCGGUGGAGCCGCGCAAAUUCGCGCGAAAUUCAUAACGAUAUUCGCAUCUAGUUAUUCUCCAGAUAUUCGGGAUCUAGUAAUGAAUUACAUACUAGACGAUCCUGUAAGCAGGAUAGAUUUAGGUUUGUCCUGGUUAUAUGAAGAAUACGCGUACAUGCAAGGGUUCAAUCGACACCCGGCUACCUUACAAAAGGCGAAUGAAAAGCCCGAUCAGAAUUACAGCCAAUUACUCUGCGCUUUGGUGACGCAGAUUUGCGAAGGGGGGAAACCAUUACUAGAGAAUAGUAAGGAGGUUUUAUUAAGGAGGAUAUACACAGAGGCUCCAGUAAUUACUGAUGAGGCAGUGGAUUAUUUGAAGCAUUUGGUGAUAGAAGAUAAGCUGGUGUUGGCUUUGGAAUUGAUUGAGGAGUUGUGUGUGAUGCGGCCGCCGAGAGCACAUAAAUAUGUGCCAGCACUUGUGUGUCAUGUUUUGAAUGAAAACGAGGAAAUUCGGGAAUUCGCAUUAAAAUCAACAAUUAACAUCUACAAAAGUGGAUCAGACGCUGUCAAAAAGGUCAUAGAGAAGAAUGCGUUGCUAUAUUUGGGUUUUAUAGCUUUGGAUUCGCCGCCAUCAGAGCUUAUGGGAUCGCGUCAUAGCUUAAGGGUCUGGUCAGACGAUUUGUACAAACUGUGCCUCAAUUUGGUCAUGGCGUUGUUUUUGGAGAAUGAAGAGCUGAUAAUCGACGUGGCCCGCGUGUACGGGUGCUCCGGCGCGGAGGCGAAGCGCUGCGUGCUGCGCGCGGUGGAGGCGCCGCUGCGGGGCGUCGCGCGCGCGCACCCGCCGCCCGCCGCGCCGCCGCCCUUCCGCGCGCUGCUGGCGCACUGCCCGCGCGGCGCCGAGACGCUGCUCACGCGCCUCGUGCACAUCCUCACCGACACGGCGCCCCCAUCACCAGAGUUAGUCGAGCGAGUGCGUGAACUAUACGCGACGAGAGUCAGCGAUGUUCGCUUCCUCAUACCAGUACUUAAUGGACUUAGUAAACGAGAGAUUCUAGCUGCUCUACCGAAAUUGAUAAAACUAAAUCCCGUGGUUGUCAAAGAAGUAUUCAACAAGUUAUUGGGUUUGCAGAAUCCGAAUAAUGAACAAUUACCUGUUUCCCCUGAAGAGCUACUAGUAGCAUUGCAUCUCAUCGAUCCCAACAAAGCAGAUCUCAAGUAUAUCAUAAAAGCAACUGCGCUUUGCUUCGCUGAGAAAAAUGUGUAUACGCAAGAUGUGGUAUCAGCAGUACUCCAAAGGCUGGCUGAAGAACAAGACACUCCAGUCCUGAUGAUGAGGAGCGUCCUCCAAGCGUUGACUUUGUACCCAGCUUUGGGGCCGCUAGCGUUGAAUAUUCUGCAACUGCUUAUCGAUCGAGAGGUAUGGACCAACAAAGUGGCCUGGGAGGGAUGGGUUAAGUGCUGUGAACGUCUCGGCCCGUGUGCCUCCACAGUACUGGCGGCUUUGCCCCCGAGGGCAAGGGCGGCUUUGCCCCCACAUCUUGCUCAUGCGCAGGAGACGUUCCCUCAGCCUGUGCCGAAGCCUAUAGAGCCUCUACCUCCCGGCAUGGAAUGACACUACAACUUUAUCACGCGUCUAUUAAUAACAAUUUAAUAAGUACUGGUUUUAUUUUAAAUUUUUCAUAUGAAAAAUUGAUUUUUUUUUCAAUCACAUUAAUUGUAUUUUUUAUAUAUUCUAAUGAAUUUGUGAUGCGUAAAAAAUAACCUUAAAUGUUAUAAUUUAAAAAGAAGAUUAAAUAGAUAAAAUAAGAGAAAGAAGAGCAGAAAAAUACACAAACAAAAAUACCCAGUACUGAAAUAACUUAAUAAAAGGGAAUUAAAACGCACAUCGAUCUAUUGAAAAAACUUAAUAAUCCUGCAAGCGUGAUAAUAUAAAAAUGGAUUGUAUUAUAAUGUGUUGAUAAUAAAACAUUCAUUACA